AUGCUGGUGGAAGGAGCAGAGAGCAAGGAGAAAAUGGAGGAGAAAAGGAGUAAUUCUUUGCUAUUAUCUUUUAUGAGCAUCUUCAAGCAUGCAGAUGUUUUCGAUUGUUUCCUGAUUGCUGUUGGCUACCUCGGUGCCAUUUUUGAUGGCCUUUCCCAAUCCAUUUUGUACGUUUUAUUUGCUAAACUUUUCAACAAUAUUGGCAUGGGUCCUUCUUCUCCAAAUUUCAUCGCCAACAUGAACCUUAAUGCCAGCCGAUAUCUCUACCUCGGAGCAGGUUCUUUGGUUGUGUCAUUCCUUGAGCGGUACUGUUGCACGAUAACAGCAGAGCGCCUAACGUCGAGGAUGCGUGCUCGGUAUUUAAAGGCAGUGAUGAGACAAGAUGUGGGCUAUUUCGAUGUCAAAAUGGCCUCCACCGCUGAGGUCAUCAACAUGGUCUCCAACGACUCUCUUGUCAUACAGGAUGUUCUGAGUGAGAAGGCCCCCAAUUUUAUAAUGAACUGCUCGUUCUUCAUCGGGAAUUAUGUAGUUGCAUUCAUUCUGUUAUGGCGGUUGGCAUUGGUGGCAUUCCCGACUUUACUACUGCUCGUCAUUCCUGGUUUCAUCUGUGGACAAGUUCUACUUGGUUUGGCUCGCAGGAUUCAUACAGAGAAUGACAAGGCUACAAUCAUCGUAGAACAGGCACUCUCGGCCAUACGCACAGUCUACUCCUCCACAGCUGAGCUCCACACAAUUUCAGCUUUCUCAGCAGCACUUGAUUGCUCAGUGCGACUUUUUCUCCGCCAAGAUCUUGUUAAAAGCCUUGCAAUCGGUAGCAACAACGUCAUCUUUGCCAUCUAUGCCUUUAUUUUUUGGUACGGAAGCCACUUAGUCCAACAUCACGGUGCCGAAGGAGGCACAAUCGUAAGCGUUGGCUUUUGCAUUGUGUAUGGAGGCCAAGCACUUGGCAUAGGUUUUUCCAAUGUUAAGUACUUUGUGGAGGCAAUGAGUGCCGCAGAGAGAAUAAUGAAGGUGAUAAAACAAAGGCCUAUGAUCGACUCAGAGAGUAGCGAGGGGGAACAGAUAGGAGAACUCAAGGGGGAGGUGGAAUUUAGGGAGGUGAGAUUCUCGUAUCCAUCCACGCCAGACAUGGAGGUUUUUAAGGGGUUCAAUUUGAUUGUAGAGGCAAGGAAGACAAUGGCGUUGAUGGGAGAGAGCGGGUCUGGAAAAUCGACAUUGAUUUCACUUCUACAGAGAUUUUAUGACCCCACUACCGGUGAGAUAUUACUGGAUCGAGUGAACAUAAGGAAAUUGAGGCUGAAGUGGCUUAGGGCGCAGAUGGGGUUAGUAAGCCAGGAACCUGUGCUCUUUGCAACCUCCAUAAAAGAGAACAUCUUGUUUGGAAAAGAAGAUGCGACAAUGGAGGAGAUUAUAACAGCUGCCAAAGCUGCAAAAGCAGAUGAAUUUAUCACGCAUUUGCCAUCAGGAUAUGCCACUCUGGUUGGUGAAAGAGGGGUUCAACUCUCUGGCGGUGAAAAGCAACGGAUUGCCAUUGCACGAGCUAUCAUUCGAUCACCGAAGAUACUUCUAUUGGAUGAGGCCACCAGCGCACUAGACACCAAGUCUGAGCACGACAUUCAGGAAGCUAUUGAUACUGUUACUAUCGGUCGCACAACUAUUGUCAUCGCUCAUCGCCUCUCUACACUUCGUCGUGCCGACACCAUUGUUGUCAUCCAUUCCGGUCAAGUCAUCGAGUCCGGCUCUCAUAACCAUCUCAUAAGCUUCCCUGAUGGUCACUACUCCCAAUUUGUUCGCCUUCAAGAAUCCCAACACGCUGUUCACUUACUGGAUGCCACUGAAGCUAACCCCCCGCCAAAAUCUCCUUACUCCCAUGUAAGCAACAAAAACUUUAUUCGUAACCAAAGCUAUGAUUCAUUGUCAAGCCAAACCAUGUCCUUUCAAGAUAGUUGGGUAAGAGACAAAUUGGAAAAUGCUAGAGGCACAAAAGGAAGUGCACCGUCAUUCCGACGACUUCUAAUCAUGACCAUGCCAAAUUGGCAUUACACAUUAUUAGGGUGUGUGUGUGCUGCGCUAUAUGGACUACCCAGCUCAUUAUAUUCAUACACCAUGACUAAUGUACUGUCAAUCUAUUUUGAGAAGGAUAAGUCAGAGAUUACCGCAAAGACAAGAACUUGUUGCAUAAUCCUUUUGGCAAUCUCAGUGUUUGGUUUUGCUGUUUACAUUCUCAUGGACCGCAGUUUUUCCAUCAUGGGUCAUUAUUUGACCAAAAGUGUCAGAGAGGGUAUGCUUUAUAAGAUGUUGACGUUCGAAGUUGGCUGGUUUGAUCAAGAGGAGAACUCUAGUGGGGCCAUCUGCUCAAAGAUAUCCAAAGAUGCUCGCUUCUUACAAUCAUUAGUUGGAGACCGAUUGUCACUUAUGAUUCAGACGUUAUCCAUAAUAUUGAUCUCAUAUAUUGUGGGGCUUGCAACUGCAUGGAAAUUUGCAUUGGUUAUGAUUUCCGUGCAACCGAUUCUCAUUGCAUGCUAUUACAUGAAAGGUGUGCUGUUGAAGAUAUCAUGGCACAAGGGACUGAACGCACAGUUAGAUAGCAAUAGAUUAGCCAUGGAAGCUGUUCGAAAUAUUCGCACUAUCACUGCCUUCUCUUCUCAAGAGCACAUCCUCCACCUCUUCAUGCUGACACUAGCUGAGCCCCGUCGGCAAGGCAUUCAACACUCUUUGCUUGAUGGCAUAGUAAUUGGCUCCGCGAAUGGCAUCAUUAUCUGCUCAUGGGCCCUACCCUUUUGGUAUGGUGGCAUCAUGCUUUCCCAGGGAUCCAUUACUACUAAAGCUUUCUUGCAAACUUUUAUCAUUCUCUUCAGAAGUGCCCGCAUAAUAGCUGAAGCUGGUGCCAUGACAAUGGACCUCAUUAAUGGUGUAGGCUCAGCUUCCAUUAUACUAUCCAUUCUGGAAAGAGCCACCCAGAUUGAGCCAGAUUAUCAUGAGGGUCAUAAAGUCGACUCCAUCAAGGGUGAAAUUGAGCUCAGUAACAUUUCUUUUUCCUAUCCAUCUCGCCCCAGAGUGUUGGUCCUUAAAAGCUUCUCCAUCUCAUUCGAGGCAGGUCGAUCCGCUGCACUCGUUGGCCCUAGCGGCUCCGGCAAGUCUACUAUCAUCAGUCUUAUUGAGCGGUUCUACGACCCGCUAGAUGGAGAGGUGCGUAUUGAUGGCCAAGACAUUAAAAACUAUCAUUUGCGAUCAUUGAGAAGACACAUUGCAUUGGUGGGGCAAGAGCCAACUUUGUUCAUCGGGACAAUAAAGGAGAAUAUUUUGUAUGGAUCAGAGGGAGCAAGCGAUGCGGAGGUGGAGGCCGCUGCGCGUACGGCGAAUGCUCAUGACUUCAUAUGUGGGCUCAAGGAUGGCUAUGAUACAAAUUGUGGGGAGAGAGGGGUGCAACUCUCCGGCGGACAGAAACAACGGAUUGCGAUUGCGAGGGCGAUACUUAGAAAUCCAAGUAUAUUGCUCCUGGAUGAAGCAACGAGUGCGCUAGAUGGCGAAGCAGAGAAACUUGUGAAGGAGGCAUUGGAGAGGGUGAUGAGAGGAAAGACCACAGUGGUGGUUGCACAUAGGCUCAACACCAUCAUGAACUGCGACCUUAUUGUUCUACUCGAAAAUGGCCUUUUAGUGGAGAAAGGAGAUCAUGCAUCCUUAAUGGAAAUGGGGCAUACUGGAAAGUAUUAUGGGUUGUUCAACCUCCAUCGUGGUCGAGAGAAAUAA